UUUCUUUAUAAGGUCAUAUGUUGAAUACAACUACUAAGCUUGUGAAGAAUUUUAGAAAUUUACAAAGUUUGAGUUGAAACCCUCAAGGAAUGCUCUUGAAGAGUUUAGAACAAUCCAAUUUCACUCAUCAACAAAGAAUAUGUACUACAAUCAUCACCAACAAGCAAGGAACAUGCAUGCUUUAAGGAUGCAAAUUCAAGGAGGAGGAAAUGGAAGUGGAGAUUCAGGACUUGUUCUUUCAACUGAUGCUAAGCCUAGACUCAAAUGGACAACUGAUCUUCAUGAACGUUUCAUUGAAGCAGUCAAUCAACUUGGAGGAGCAGAUAAAGCAACACCAAAAACAGUAUUGAAACUUAUGGGGAUUCCUGGACUUACAUUAUACCAUUUAAAGAGUCACCUACAGAAGUACAGGAUCAGUAAAACUAUGAAUGGACAAACUAAUACUGGCAGCAGUAAAAUUGCAUUAACCACAGAAGUUUCAAGCAGAAUGUCAGAAGCAAGUGGAAUUCAUAUGAAACAUUUAAGCAUAGGACUCCAAACAAACAAAAAUUCAGAAAUAAAUGAGGCAUUCAAUAUGCAAAUGGAAGUGCAAAGAAGACUACAUGAGCAACUUGAGGUACAAAAACACUUACAACUAAGGAUAGAGGCUCAAGGGAAGUAUCUACAAUCAGUACUUGAAAAAGCUAAGGAAACACUAGGAACACAAAAUUUAGGUACUAUGGGACUUGAUGAUGCAAAGGUUCAACUAUCUAAAUUUACAUCAAGAGUAUCCAAUGAAAACCUUGAUUCUAAAUUUUUAGGAUUAAAAGAAUUGCAUGUACAUUGGCCUCAACAAACACGAGAGGAUGAAACCAUUGAUUAUUCAAUGGGAAGUUUCUUAACCAAUAGUGAGGACUCUCAAAGAGACCAAGAAAUGCAUAACAAGGGAAUGAAAUUGGGAGUUUCAAAAGAGUGUGUGGAUGAACCUAUGCCUUUAAAGAAUGAUUUUACAUUGUGUGAAAAAGAGAAGGAGAAUGUGAUGUUUGUUUCCUCAUCAAAUCAUAGAGUACUAAAGGAUGGAUUGACCACUAGCCUCUUAUUAAUGAAUGUAGGAGGUGUUCAUGAAAAAGAAAAUAUGUGGAAGAGAACUAUUUCGAAGGAAGAUUUAAAGGGUGAAGAAUGGAAAAGAAUAAACAAUAUUGAAACUAAUGGAGUGCAACUUAAACUUAAUAGUGACAAAAUAUCUCAAGAUUAUAGACUUGCUAAUUUUGAAGUGAAAUUAGACUUGAAUUCCAAUGAUGCUUCUUCUCAAUGCCAAAAAUUUGACUUGAAUGGUUUUAGCUGGAAUUGCUAGGAAUUUCAUUGAGUAAAAAUUGGACAUGAAAACUUUGAAGGAAUCAUGUUAUUUCCUCCUUCAUGAGUUUCAUAAUUUUAGGAGUAACUAGCAUUUUGUUUUUGGCACAUGUAAUUUAUAACACAUUUGAUUAUAAUAACUGAGUUGAAAAGAAUAAAUUGCUCUCCAUUGUAGAA